GCUUGUAUACCAGAGGUGCCUCCACCAGUGGUUUCCCGGGCUACUCAUCCCCGGACCAAGACGAGGUUCAUUUCUCCUUCCAACCCUUCCAAAGAACUCAGUCGUUGGGAUUGUCUAGCGGCUGGGUAUUCCUCUGAGGGCCUCAAACAUAAGCAUCAGCAUCAUAACGAUGCUUAUGGCAGUAACAAGGGACAUCACUACUACGACUCGACGUACUCUGCUGGUUGGGAAGAGCACACUGCUCGCGACUCUGGCGAGACCAACGAUUCACCCACAGGGCAGCAGCAGCAGUCAUCCUCGAAUUCCGGGAAGGUGCAGAUGUCACAAGAAAUUCCCGCAAUACCAAUUCCCUCGGGGGCGGGCUCCUCCUCCUCCGUGUCUACGUGGAAUCCAGUCCCUGGGGGCGCCCCUGCAGCUGCUGUAGUUGUAUUGAAUCCAGAGGCUCUCCGAGAGCUCUCCUGGAUAGUCCCUAGUGGCG